AUGUCCGCCAACUACUGGGAGUCGACGCAGCGGCGCCACUGGCUCUUCACCAAGGACCAGCUGGCGUCGAUGCGCCAGAAGCUCGAGGACGACAAUGCCGAUCUCGUUCGCAUGUUUCCCUUGCCCCAACCCAGGCACCUCUCUAUAUACUUCAACCAACAGCUGUUGCGCCUGGGAAAGCGCCUGAGCAUCCGGCAGCAGGCAAUGGCCACGGCCCAGGUCUACCUGAAGCGCUUCUACUCCCGCGUCGAGAUCCGCCGGACGAACCCCUACCUCGUCAUCACGACAUCCAUAUACCUAGCGUGCAAGAUGGAGGAGGCCCCUCAGCACAUCCGACUCAUCGUCACGGAAGCCAGGCAGCUGUGGCAAGAGUUCAUCGGGCUGGACACCUCCAAGCUCGGCGAGUGCGAGUUCUAUCUCAUCAGCGAGAUGAGCUCUCAGCUCAUCGUCCAUCAGCCCUACAGGACGCUUAGCUCGCUGCGCGGCGAGCUCUCGCUGGUUGAGGAGGACGUCCAGCUGGCCCGGUCCGUCAUCAACGACCAUUACAUGACAGAUUUGCCACUGCUCUGCGCCCCUCACAUUAUCGCCCUGGUGGCCAUCUUGCUCGCUCUGGUAUUGCGCCCAAAUACGUCAACACCCGGAGGCAGUCUGUCCGGCUCCUCCGCCGCCGCCGGCCUCGCUGCCGCUCAUGCCGCGCUGAGCCAAGCACAAGCCCGCGCGAACGGCCUCCCGGAACCGCCGCCGCAGGCAGCUGACUCUAAGGAGAGGCAGCAAGAGGCGAGGAUGCUGCGUGUGCAGCAGUUCGCCGCGUGGCUGGCCGAGAGCGGCGUCGAUAUAGCCGCCAUGGUCGACGCCACGCAGGAGAUCAUUUCGUUUUACGAAUGUCACGAACAAUACAACGACAAGCUCACGCGCGAGCAGAUCAACCGCUUUGUCAAGGCGCGCGGGUUGGACAAGUAA